ACUAUGACUUGGCUUUUGCGAGUCAAAACCACCCAAAAGGCCAAAACCCUCUUUUCAAUUCAGCCAAAACCCCUCUUCUCUUCACCUUCUUCGUUCGCACUCACUCAAUAUCCCACCCUUCCUUUCCCGAGAAAAUGAACUCCGAAAACUCCAAACUUUUCCCACCAUCCAAACAACCCCCACAAGGGCCACAACUCAAUCUCCAACGAGCGUUCUCCGACCUCCAAAAUCAUUGCUCUAACCUCCUCCAACACCUUCCCAACCCCUCUUCCCUCAAAACCCAAUUUCAAUCUGCCGUCUCCAACUUCCAGAACCAUGCAAAACACGCCCUGGACCCCAAAAUUUUGGGCUCUUCUUAUGGGAAGAACCCGGUCUGGGCUCGGAUUGCCGAACCCAAUAAGACCCAGCUCACGACGGUUCGCCAAUCUGGUGCUGGUGGCGCCCUGUCGGCCGAGGCAAUUGAAGAGCGGCUGGCGGGCGUGCCCGUCUACGCGCUAAGCAACGCGGUCGAUGAGUUCGUGCUGGUUUCGGGCGUCUCGACCAGGAAAUCUCUCGGGUUGUUCUGUUUCAAGAAAGAGGACGCGGAGGCGCUUCUUGAGCAGAUUAGGAGCAUGGACCCCUCAAUGCAAAGUGGGUCCAAGGUGGUGGCUGUUGCUCUGAAUAAGGUCUUUCAGUUGAAGCUUAAUGGGGUGGCCUUCAGGUUGAUUCCGGAGUCUUCGCAAGUCCAAAACGCACUUAUGGAGAUGGAAAAGGCUGGUAUUUCUGGCGAUGGCUUCACUGGGGUUCCAGUUUUCCAGUCACGGAGCUUGAUACUAAAGAGCGAAAACAAGAGAUAUCGCCCGGCUUUUUUCAGAAAGGUUAGUUAG